AUGUCCUUGGACUUCUCACGAGACAGCCACAGGGCAGUUAAGCAGCUCUUCAUCACCGAGGUACCGCGAGCCCCUUGGUUCGUCCAAGGCCGGAUCUGGACCAGCAGACGGCGACUAAACACGGUUGCCCCAUUCUUCACUGUGAAGAGUAUCCUAAGUCUGUUGCUUAUGGGGAUGCCACAUCUACAUCUACAGCCGGGAACCCCCAACGAAGGCUGGGGUUAUGACUCCGUGGUGGAGCCCCUGCUAGAAUCCUCAAGACCCGCCAGACUGUUCAACUCUUUCUGUGUCGUGGAGAAGACACUGCAAUGCAGUUGUUCCUUUCACGGGAUCCCCACACCCUCUGUGCAGUGGUGGAUGGAUGGUGCUCCCCUGCAAGUGAACAGUGGGCAUGGUCACCUCCAGGUGACCUCUACCACACUUGGUCCCUGGGACAACAGCACCCUCAGCCUGGUCAAGGACCCAGAAAUGGGCACAGUCCUUCUUUGUGAGGGAAAGAACCAACAUGGAACCCAUGGUUUGAGCAUCCUACUGAUGUCGAGAAGGGGCCCUUUGGCUCCCCAGAUCUUCCUGAAAGCACUGCUCCAGGGUGUUGCCUAUGCAGCCAUGGCAACCACACUACUUUUCCUCUGCCUCCUCCCCUUCAUAGUGAAACUUCUCAGGACGCAGCAGGCAAAGAAGUAUGCACAGAUGGGAGCGCAGAUGGCCUCCAAGGCUGACACAGACGCAGAAUCCAGUGUGAAGCCCAAGGAGCCUAGGGAAUCCAGGACUGAGUCACCUUCUGGGAAGCAGCUCUCAGGAAAGGAAGAUAACCCGAAGCCAACGAAGCCUGUGGAAACUGCAUCACUUCCAAAGUUCCCAUUAUCCCCAGAACUACAAAAAUCCACGGAGACCCCAGAAACCCCAAUUCCAUAAUAAAC